GUGUGAGAUGGACGCCGCUCCUGCAGACUUCAGAGCCGGUCCGGUGCAGCUGUGUGUCGGCGAGUGUCGACCAGAACUCAGAGCGCGGUCCGCACAACUCUACUCCUUCGUGACCCCCACAGUGUUAGGUCUGUCCCCCAGCAGAGGGCCUGAGUCGGGGGGAACCAAAGUCACCGUAAUGGGGGACAACCUGGGGGCCGGCAGCAGCGUCAACGUCCAGUUUGGAAACCAGACGUGCGAGUUCUUCGG